CUCUUUUUCUGCGGCGUUGAUGACUUCAUUUCUUCUUCCAGCUACCCGACAUCAGUCAUUGGAUGCUAUUGUCCUACACCAACUAACCCCCUUUUGAAUUCUUGGUUAUCUAUUUUCAAUACGUACUGUCCCUUGGAAACCUUGAAACACUAAAUCCAGCAUUGUUUUAUCCUUCAAUCCCCAAUGAAAUUCCACAAAACAGGGAGGAAAAGGAAAGAGUAUGGCUAACAGACGAUGUAUUUCCUACCUCAAGUUCUCAUAUUUAAGGUCUUCACCUCCCUACUGCAACUUGGCUUGCUAGAUUGGUGGACUUUCCGAGGUCGGCCACAAUGAACAGGAAAUGCUCUCGUUGUGGAAAGAAUAGCAAUGGCUCGGAGGGUACUUUGCGGUUGUUUGGUGUUCAAGUGGAGGUAGAUUCUCCUGUGAAGGAGAGUCAUAGUUCGGGGGCUUUAUCUCCUUCCAGCACCGUCUCAGUGGCAGGCAAUCAUGAAAGUGGAAAUGCUAAGAAUGGUUAUCUUUCUGAUGGCUUUGUUCGCUCUUGCAGCAGAAACCAUGAAAGAAAGAAGGGGGUUCCAUGGACCGAGGAAGAGCACAAGAAAUUUCUAAUUGGACUUGAGAUGCUAGGGAAAGGCGAUUGGAAAGGAAUAUCAAGGAAUUAUGUCACUACCAGAACUCCUGCUCAGGUUGCAAGCCAUGCCCAGAAGUAUUUUCUCAGGCGAGAUAGCCUUAACAAAGAGAGACGACGACCGAGCCUCCUGGACAAGGUAAGGAGCACUAGUAAAGGACUAAGCUCAGGUUCCAGUAUGAAUCAGAUCUUGGAAAUGACCGCAGGACGCGUCUUGCCCGAUCCUACUUCCCAGACCAGAGUUUACACUGGACUUCAUGAUGAUAUGCAUCUGAUCCGUCCUAAGGCGCCAGAGAAAAUAGAAUGCAAAUUGGCGAACUACCUACAAGGUAGAAAGACUCAGUCAACUUCUACCAAUCCUGUCACCUCUACUUGUUCAUCACAUGAACCAGUGCGUUCGUCCCUUGACUUAACUUAUCGACCUUCAUCUCCUCUACCUUCGAUUGGACCGGCUGAUUUGGAACUGACCAUUGCUUUCCCUCCUCCAAGUGAAGGAAGCAAAGCGCUAGCAAGCUCACUACUGACGGGAGCCAUAAGCGUGUGAUGUUAUCCAAUAAGCAUCAAAUGUCUAGCAACAUUUUAAACUUUGUGGGCAUGUUGUUCAUUUGAGUGCAUGAACAAAGAUAUCCUGUUCAGAUUUGUAAUUUUCCUCUUGAACCAGAUGCAAGCAAGGUCAUCUUAAAUAUGCUUUUCCUCCUUAGUUCCACAAGACAGCUUGGAUGUUCUGUGGACGAUCUGUGGUUGUUAUGCUAUAAAUAAAAGUACUGAUAAAGAAA